AUGAUAAAAGUUUUGCUUCACAGGGUGACUACUUCCACUAUUCCAGCCGCGUCAAUUCGAACACUGGAUGUGCAGGUUCUCAAUCCGCUUGAGACCAUUGACUACAAGCAUGAAAUCACUCCCCAAGCUCUCAAAACGACCAUCCUAUCCGUCAGCAUGAGGGAGAAAAAAAAAGAAUACGCCAGUAGUCCAAAGACGCACAAAUAAUUCCAUUUCGUCACCACUGCUCAGCAAAGUCGUGUGCUCGCAUACCCAAUAGAAGAAGAAGAAAACCCCUAGACGACAAUCCCCCCCUUCCGCGACGAAGACGCCCCACUCUCCUCACAUCACAAACACGUGCUUAUCCACAGCAUCUCCACCUUCUGCCCAUCUUUCUUCUCAGGUCUACCCGCCAUCACGACAACCCGUCACACAUCGCAUACAUCACCAGCGACCUACCUCCCCCACUACCCCACCGCUCUAUACGCCCAUCAUUCGGUCCGCAUGGCCUCACUUCCUGCUUCCUCUCUUUUUUACAUUUCCCCCGAUCUCCGGAGUCCGAUGGAAUGGUUGGAUAUCAAUUGCUCCUCAGCUGCGAACGCAAGGACGUGAGCGUCUCGCCUUUCACCUACCUACCUACUUCCCUACCUCCCUACUUUCCUACCUACCUAUUCAUACCGUACCCGCGAUAAUCCUCCCCCAUAGGCCCGAAUCACAU